GCAAAACCCUAGCUGAUUCCAACCAUCAAAUAGUUCUGAUCGAUGUCUGCAAUCUCUCGGAAUUGCGCGCGAUUAAAUCUUAUCAUUUCGCAUUCGCGGAGUAAUCGCCCAUUUUCCUCCAGCGCCGCCAAUGAUACCCCAAGAGAUUCCCUCAUCUCAGCAUCGCUCCUCAUUGACCAGACGCCGCAGCCUCCGAGCGGUCCGCCGCCGGUAGCCGAUGCGCCGAAUAGCUCCUGGGCCUUUCUCAAGUACGGUCUUGUUGCUGCCUUGACCGGUGGUGUCGCCACAUCUGCCUACGCAACCUAUGCCUACACUACCGAUGAGAUAGAUGAGAAGACAAAGAGCUUUCGUGCAUCGGCCAAGUACACUGUUGGCGAUGAUGCAACUUCUCUAGAUAAAUUUAAAGCUUAUCUACAUGCUGCAACAAUGUCAGGUCCUGCUAAAUUAGUUGAUGUUUACCUUGAUUUGAGGAGGUUAGCUGAAGAACACAUUAAGGGUUUCACCGAACCAACAUCAGAUAAGCUUCUCCCUGAUUUGCACCCUUUGGAGCAGCAUAUUUUUACCCUUGUUCUAGAUUUGAAUGAGACAUUGAUAUACUCUGAUUGGAAGCGUGACCGAGGGUGGAGAACAUUUAAGAGGCCUGGUGUUGAUGCUUUUCUCGAGUAUUUAGCUCAAUUUUAUGAAAUUAUAGUAUACUCUGACCAACUAAAUAUGUAUGUGGAUCCUGUUGUUGAAAGAUUGGAUACAAAGCACUGUAUCCGGUAUAGGCUUUCAAGGGGUGAAACAAAAUAUGUUGAUGGCAAGCACUAUAGGGACCUAUCAAUGCUGAAUCGGGAUCCUGCAAAGGUUAUAUAUAUUAGUGGUCAUGCACUUGAAAGUAGCCUUCAGCCUGAAAACUCUGUUCAAGUAAAACCGUGGCAAGGAGAACAGGAAGAUACUGCACUUGUAGAUCUCAUUCCAUUUCUUGAAUAUGUUGCUAAGCACAGACCAGCUGACAUCAGAACUGUUCUAGCCUCAUACCAAGGGCGUGAUGUUGCCAACGAGUUUAUUGAGAGAUCCAAAGAGCAUCAAAGGCGUAUGCAAGGGCAAAAACAACAGGGUCGCUUAUGGAAACGAUAGAUUUUAGCAUCUGAUUUCUGAGAAAUGAAGAGAACGCUCGAAUUCUGAAUAAGUAAAUAUUUUUUGAGGUGUUCAACUCUAAACUUGGGUUGACAAAACCAGUUUCUGUCAUCGGAAUUUUGAAAAAUGAAACUAGCGGCAUCAUAUUGUUGAGAAAAGGAAAGAUCUUAGAAUCAAAUUACCAUAAAUUAGGAGUCAAUCACCCAAAUCAAGCCUUGUGUAAUAUUGCUCCUAGAAUAGAUGAUUUGUUUACCAUGUACAUUGUAUUUCUACAUCCUAUUUAAAGGGAACAUUACACCGUGAAUAAAUCAUCAAACACAAUACAA